UCGCAUUGACUUUGCCUCUUGAGUCUUGACCAAGCAGCAACGUGAUUUUUCCGGGGAAAAUGAAAAACGAGAGAAAAUUAAUAGGGUUACGAAUUUGAAACGCCAUUGUUUGGCUAGGAUUUGGGGGAAAUCAUUGCCGACGAUGGAGGAGGAGAGAGAGAAAGUGGUAGUGGCAGGGUUGAUAGAGAAGGCAACCAACUCCACGGCGGGGGAGGUGGACCCACGCCUCCUCAAAGCCAUCAAAUCCGUUGUCCGUCGCUCUGAUUCUGAGCUCCGCCUCGCCGCCGAAGCCCUUAUGAACCUCAUGAAGCGAGACCACUCCCAGGUAAGAUACCUUGCUCUUCUCAUAAUAGAUGAACUUUUCAUGCGGUCAAAACUUUUCAGAACCCUUCUUGUUGAGAACAUGGAUCAGUUAUUGGCUCUAAGUGUGGGAUUCCGAAGAAACUUGCCGCUUCCGGCUCCUCCAGCUGUUGCAUCUGUUUUGCGUUCUAAGGCAAUCGAAUUCUUGGAGAAGUGGAAUGCUUCUUAUGGGAUUUAUUACAGACAGCUCAGGUUAGGGUUUGACUACCUGAAAAACACGCUGCGUUUUCAAUUCCCUAACCUACAAGCUAAUGCAGCUCGGAUUCACCAGGAGAGAAGGGAGAGAGAGAUGAGGACAAAAGCAAUUUUACAAAACAAGUUCGAAACUCUGAAGGAAAAUUUUUCGUCCAUCAAGGAUGAGUUACAGUCAACAACUGAUGAAAUUGGGGAAUGUUUAGAUAUUGUUACUGCAAAAAAUGAGACUAUGCUGGAUCUUAUAGUUGAUGAUGAAGAAACAGAAGAGUUUCGUAGUUCUGAGCUUCGGCAGAUACGUCUUGAUUCAUUGAAAGAAGGGGACAAAGUUGAAGAAACAAAUGACAAUAAAGUGGUUUUUGAUGCGCUGAGGGAGUUGUACAAGCUCCUAGUUACCAAGCAUUUGGUUUCAGUGCAAGAGUGGAUCUCAGUUCUUACAAGGGUUGAAGUGGCAGACAACAGAUUCAGGGACUCCAUGUUGAAAGAGUUGAUCGAUACUCGAAAUAAUCUCAAGUCGGUGAAGAACAAAUGCGAAGAAUCGGGCUGUUCUCUUCCCAAUAUCAGCAAUCGUGAAGAAGAAGAAGAAGAUAUUUGGGAAGAAGGUACUCUUGAAUCAUUUGAGAACAGGAAUUCUAUUCUCAAUAACCAAUGUGAUGAUUCCGCCAUCACCUCAACUUCCAUUGGUGUGGAAAAGAAAGCUCCCAAAAGCAGUAAUAAAGAGACAGAUGACAACAAAAAGCUGGAUUGUGAAGGUAGUGGACCUGACUCAUUCCCUUUAAGGAAUAAGCUUCUGGCUAAAGCUCCACUUAUGAAUUGGGGUACGUUCUUGGAUACUUGGGGUUCCAAUAGGGAUGUUUUGGCGAACCAAAGGGGUUUGGAGCUUGAAGGCCACUGGGGUCGAGUAGACUAUGAUGCAGUUAUUCCGGCGGAGAAAAUCGCAGAGUUGAACGUUCAAGCAACUCUUUACAAAGAAGACCCUAUUGAAAUCCAACCAUGUCGCGCUCCUUUGAGUAAAGGGGGAUUAUGUCAGAGAAAAGACUUGAGAGUUUGCCCAUUUCAUGGUCCUGUUAUACCGCGGGACAACGAUGGGAAACCAAUAGAGCAAACCACUUUAAUAGAAGAGGAGAAAACUCCGGAAUUGGGGACUGAUUUGGUGGAGCGAUUAGCAGAACAGGCGGUGAAGAAUGUUAGGGUUAGGGAUAAAGAAGACGCGAAGAAGAGAGAACAGGAUAAACAAGCUUUGAAGCGAGCAAAGCUUGCAAAAGUUCGACAACACAAUGAAGCUGUCUUACGUGAUGCUGCUAUGGCUUCAACUUCAAGAUCUUCAGCUAUUGGUGAGAUAACCAAUGGAGAGAGGUCUUCAGCCAGAAACAAGAAGCAAACUCUAGCAGCAAUGCUGAAAAAGAAAGUGACUUCUAAAGAUAGAUUAGCCCAGAGGUUAUUGAACUCCCGGGCCACAGAUUCUACAGUAAGACAGCUUACCCAGGGAGAGGAUUCAAAAUACAGAGAAGCCUUCCCAAAUCAGUGGUAGAUGGAUUUAUGCUUCAACUAUCAUAAUAUUUAAACUUAAGCCCUUGAUGCAAUUACUGUAAAAUAGGGCUUUGGCGAUAGUUAAUGAUCCAAAGUCGGAGGUUCUUUUGUUAGUUAUGUAGUGUACAAUGUACAUAGAGUAGCUUUUCUUUCUUUUUCCGACCCAUUUCCUUCGCAGCAGAUUGUUUUGAUCUGUGACAUGAAGGGGAACUUUUGGCUAUACUUUGUGUUCAAUAAUGACAAGUUUUGAAUUUUCAUUUUGUUAGUUACGAAUUCUCACUAAGGUGGUAUUGACCUUUUAACAUUUUGUUUUGUUACA